UGUAGGAAUGGAACUAAAGUCCAGUACAAUCUUAACACUCGACUGAGGAGCAGUUGCCUCAGACAAGCAUGUGAUUCAGAUCAUGGAAUUCAGAAAAUGGGAUGUUCUUUCAUUUCUGAAGUGCCAUACUGAGUCUUGGCUGAGCUUUCGCUCAACAUCUUUGGAUAUUGACCCUGACAUCAUUUACCUAUGUGGGUAUUGUUUGGUCUUUCUGUUCCUGUGCUACCUGGUGGGGAUUCCAUCUCUAUUCACUGGCUGGAAAACCACAGACAGCAGAAAGUGCAGCGCCAAGAGGAGGCGGAAAGGGGGGACACUGACAGGUUGGAGCUAUUGCCAGAGUGACACAGAAGAGAAGAGGAAGCUGACUGCUAUUGUAAAAAGUCCCCUGGGCCGGCAACAUGAUACGACCCGCUUUCGCCAACUAUUGUGUCCAGACCCCUUCUGUGAAGUGUGUAAUAGAACAACUACUGAGAUCAACCAACUGCUGUUCCCAGAAGCCCUGGAAGAUGCUCCCUCUGUCUCUCCUUUGGCCUCCACAGCUCCCAUGACUGAAUCCUCAUUCACAAUGUCCUCUGCCUUCCCAGCAGCUCCCCCUGGAGACCAAAUACCAGUUCCUCUGCUUCUACCUUCCCCACCACCCCUCUCCACCCCUCUUCACUCACCUAAUCCACUGACCUGUUCAGAUGAGUUUCUUGCACCCUCACUGGGAUACAAUCUGUCACCAGAGCCUUUUCCUUCACUGGGUCCUGAAUUCCCAGCAGACCAUUCUUCACCAUAUGACCGUGCUUUUUCCCCAGUCCCCCAAUAUGACACCCAGAGAGUGGAUGCUGUGCUCCCACCACACACCCCUUUGUCUCUAAAUAACAUCUUCUCAGAGGACCCCACCCUCUGUCAAGAUAUCAAUGCCUUACCUAAUUUGCCACAACCAAUGAAUCCUGAUGAUUCAUCUGCUUGCCAUCACCAAGCAUAUGCACAACCAACCCUCUCUGUUUCACCACCACGAGGCAGCACUUUAACUGUGACUCAAUCUAAAGCUAUUUCCAUCCUAUUCAAGUCUGUCCCAGAGAGCUCAUCUUCACACAGCCCACCAGGGCUUUCUGUUUCAGCAGUGAGAGGCAUUGAGCACUCAAUCUUGUCAGUUAGAGAAUACUCCUGGUGGCAGGCUAAUGCCACAGACUGGUCACCCUCCACCUUGGCACCACGUGAUUUCAAUCAGGAGUUUCUUGCCCUUCACUCAUCAGAGACCUCUUUUGGGGGAGACCCUGCUGCCAAUCUUGUAGAACCUGGUAACCUCUCAUUUCUCAGUCCUGAUGUCUUGGAACUCCUAGAGAGGCAAGUGCAAAAGCGGAGUGAUUUCCUGAUGUGGAAGGAAAAGGAAAAGAAAACAUAUUCUUUACCAAAACCACUUAGACCCGGGUACCAACUAAAUUCUUCCAGGAAAGUGUUAAGGUCCGUUGCUGAUAAAGAUGACUCAGCAGUCUCCCUUCCUUUUUGGAGCCCCAAAGGCAAACCACAGGAGCUGCAGAUGCAUGAACUGCCCCCACAUCUUAAAUCUUUGGGGGACCAUUUACAGCAAAAACGCAUCCAGCUCUUCUGGGGUCUCCCAUCCCUUCACAGCGAGUCCUUGCGCUCUGCUAUCUAUGUCUCAAGGGACUCUCCCUCUAUCUUUUUUUUCAAUACAAUCCCAAAUGCCUCCAUAGAUCAGAAAUCCCCAGAGCUUCCCCAGCCCCUCCCUCUGUCCUUGCCCAAAUCACAGCCUCCAUCAUUGCCUCAAACUCAGUCACAAUUCCCAUCCAUGCCAAAGGUUCAGCCACCAGCAGACCUGCCAUGCCCAAUGCCAGCUCAACCAUCUGGUCCUUCACACCAAAUUAGAAUUUGUGGAGUGUUUUUCCACAGACCCCUGAAUGUACCAGAUUCUCUUGACUCUUCUGAUAUUGAACACCUAGAAUGGCACCUGCUGCAGAAGCAACAAGAAAACCUCUGGGGUUUACCUGCUGUUGUCCGAAAAUCUCACAAAGACUUUUGUUCCUCACCUCCCAGUUUUCCUCAACACCGGGCCACCCGUGUCCUUGAAUCAAUCUCAGUCCUUCCUGGAGAGUUUCCUUUUCCUGAUGAAAUUCAGGGUAAAUUAGAACAUCACCUUCGAAAGAGGCUUAUACAACAUCGGUGGGGCUUGCCCCAAAGGAUUAUUCAUUCGAUGUCAUUACUGGUGCCUCCAGAAGGUCUGUCAGAGACACUUGAGUUAAAGAGCAUUAGUGCACCUUCGGGAAGCACUGUGCUUCAGGGUCUGAGUAGCAAAGCUCUAAAUGUUGGACAGAGCCAAUCGGGAAGUGUCCAUGAGAAGAAGAGCUCAAUAACGUUUGAAUUAGAGAAGGAUGCAAGGAAGUAUCGGGGACAUAUCCCAGAAAAUGACUUAAAAGAUGAUCUCUUGAGCUCUUCAUACAAGCAUCUUGGGGAUGACUUGGAAAACAAUCUAAAUGGUCAAGUGGCAAAUUUGUCAGGGAAAUAUUCAAGGGCCUCAGAGGGGAGUCUACAUGACAACGAACUGGAAAAUGUCCUGAGAGUACAUUUGAGCAAGAAAUUUGAGGAAAUUAAUGAGGGUCGGCUCCCUAACACUGUGCGUAGUUCACUGCACAUAGAUGAGCAUACUGUGCAGCAUUCUGUGAAACCGCACAACCAAGUAGGGCAGGACGAUUUGUCUUCAUCGGUGCCUCAGGACUACUCCCUCAAUACCUCCCAGCAGCUCUCCUUCAUUCAUUCCAGUGCACAGCAGUUACUAGAAACCCAUAUUAAGAAGUUUCGUCUUAGGAUGCUAUGGGGCCUCCCCUCCAAAGUCCUUGAAUCCAUAGAGAUCUUUAAAUGCAAAGGCAGUGCUUCCUUUUUGAACCAUCCCUCCCCAAACAACAUGACUACUCAGGAGGACUCCAAAUAUGGGAGAUUCAAGUCCAUUAGAAGAAAAUCGAAUGGGGAAGAGAAUGUGGGGAUAACAGGUGUAGGUCCUGUGCGAGCUCACCCUGUCCCUGCUACCUCACACCUGGGCAGGGACAGAGAAGGGAGCAUGAGAGAACCAAUCCCUGCCGUCACCCAUGAGCCAGCAGAGGGUGUGCAGAGGAUGAAGGGUGGCAGACCCAGUCUUCUGCCUGUCAAACACAGUCUCCCAGGCAAGUCAAGGCAGACUCAGUGUCUUCCAGGCAUGAGGUGCCCCCCCAUGCCGCCUGCAAGGCAGGCUGUGGCCACACACGGGCCAAAGGCUGGCAGAAUGAGUUUCAGUAGUAGAGCAGAAAUGCUGCAGGGCAAGGAGAGACACCGGAACUUAGAAAUGCUUUCCAAAGCCAAUAUGUCCAGGGAGAUAUUCAGGGCUGAGGAACUUGAUGCUCCUCGAUCAAAAUCUAGUGACAUUUUGAUAACUAGCAAGCCAGGGAGCCCUCCAACAGCACAUGUGAAUGGGAGUCACGUGGAAACGACUGUGACGACUGAAAGGCCCCCACCACAAAUAGCAGAUUCCCAGGAGUCUAAACUAUCAGACCUGAAAAAGAAGUUUCUUGGUGAAUUAAAGUUUUUACGGGGGAGCAGGGAUCCCAGAGAUGCCCCAGGCCAGUCCCAUGACAUACCCCUUUCUUUGGAUAACUUAACCCUUAAGUCCUCCCUGACUCAUGCCCAGGGCAUGUCCAGUGGGGACGUGGUGGCUUCCCAGGUGCUGCAGGCUCACUUGGUGGACAAUGGGAUCAGCAUGGGGCAGCAGCGGGUCUUUGAGCAUGUUUUUAGGAGGUGCCAGUAUAAGAAUUUACCAUCAGCUGCCAAGAGAGUGAAUCUUCUGGGCCCCAACACAGAGGAGCUGGGUGGAGGGGACGCCAGGCUGGGGACAUCCCAACCUAGAAGGCAGAGUGUCCCCUCUCGGAAAAUGGCAUUAGAGGAGGCACAGUGGAGUAAGACUUCCCAGAUGCUCUCCCAAAAGGAACAACCACCUCCUGAAAACCUUUUUAAAAAUAAAAUGAAGCACUUUUUGCAAUGGAUUCGCCCUGUGAUGACAGGCAAAAGGCAAAAUUCCCAGAGGGGCAGCCCCAUAUCAUCCUUGCCCUGCAGACAUCUACUUAAAAGUAGAACUGUCUUCACUGGGAUGACGGUAGCUCAUAAAUUCAGGAGUGACACUGGAAUGUUUCAGGAGAAGCUGGGCUAUCAUGAGGCCCUUCAUUCAUCAGUGACAUGUGGGAGAACUCAUCAGAAAGCAAAAGUGCAGACCUGCACAGAGCCUAUUCAGCGACAUCCUCUUAACUGCAGGGGUCCCAGCUGUAAAGUGACACAUGACAAGUCCUGCUCCCAAGCUGCUGUCAUUGCUGGCCAGACUCGUCCUGCAAGUAUUAGAUCAGAGAGAAGGAUGGUUGAGCACAGGAAGCUGUGGCAUUUAGGGAACAGCUAUUGUGUCAGAAGCAUCCCCCAACCCCACAUGGUAUCUGUACACCAUCUAAAUCCCAACGGCACACCUCACGAGGGCCACGGUUCUCCAGCUUCUCUCACCACUGUUGAAGGCACUGUGUUCAGAGAUCUGUCUCAACUACUUAAAUAGAAAAUGGUUCUCGGAAUUUCCAGGGAGGGGAAUUCUGUACCCCAAAAUAAUUCCUUCCUUGUUCACAAGAUUGAUAAUUCCAAUAUUUCUGUAAUAGCAAAGUCUUAUGUUUCUGGGGCAUGGGUUUUGGGUAUAUCAGGGCUGUGUUGAAAGGAAGGAGCUAGUUCAGUUCUUACAAAUGGCCUCCUUUGGUUUCUCAAUGAUGACCACUCCCUUGGAACUCUUGCUGAGAAAUAAAAAUGAUGUGUAUUUGACCCCAAACUCUCUCUUCUUUGAAGUUGGAGGAGAUAAGCUCUGUCUCCUGCCUCUACUUAGGUUUGAUAAAAUAUUUAGUAGCCACAUCUUCUCCUUCAUUGUAUGUUCACUAGUGUUUCCAUACUCAUUCAUUGCAUGGAAGGCAUGUCUUCUAGAUGCCAAGAGUCAAGGGCAAGUGUAUUUUCAAAUAAAAUCACAGGAAAGAAGAAACAACUCUUCAAUCAUGUUUUACAGUGAGUG